UGAAUUGCAGGCCUUGCGAUUGUCGUGAAACUCGCCGUCUCUACUUUCACCGCCACCACCGGGUUCCCCUGUUCCAUCCCCAACACUAACAGUCUCGCGUCUGCGUCUGGGUUUUGCGUCUAUCUUACGAUUCUUUAUUACAACAACAACAACAACAGAGGAGAAAAUAAAUGAGAGUUCUGAAUUUCUGAUUAGAAAAAGCUGUCGUCUUCAUCUUCGUCAUCAUCUGAAAGUGAUGUAUGAUUUUAUUAAUAUUAUUGUCAACAACCUCUAGCAUCCAAGCUAGCUACAAAUAAAACCUUCUCAGGUAUUCCGAUCCGGUCAUUCUCCAAUUCGUUCUUACUCCCUGACCGAUUUUGUGAACUGGGUUUCAAAAUUUAAACCUAGAAGAAGCCUCUUCAUUCGUGAAAUUUUGACUCUUCUGAUCAAAUUUCUUGAACUUAUCGAGAUUUUAGGAGUAACCCCCCAAAUUUAUUUCUUUAUUGGAAAUGGGUAUCCUCCUUCUGGGUUAUUAAUUUCUCGAAUAUAUGUCAGUUGACAGUACUGAGAUUUAUUCUUCAAUCUGUACAUUAUGAGAUUCCUGAGUUUGGUUGGAAAUUCAUUUGGCUGUUCGGCCUCUGGAGAGCGAUUAGUUUCAGCUGCUAGAGAUGGUGAUCUUCAAGAAGCCAAGGCUUUGCUUGAGUAUAAUCCCCGCCUAGCUAGAUAUUCUACAUUUGGAAUUCGAAAUUCACCUCUUCAUUACUCUGCAGCUCAAGGUCACCAUGAGAUCGUUUCACUUUUACUGGAGUCGGGUGUAGAUAUUAAUCUGAGAAACUACAGAGGGCAGACUGCUUUGAUGCAAGCUUGUCAACAUGGGCAUUGGGAGGUUGUUCAGAUUUUGAUUCUCUUCAAGGCCAAUAUUCACAAAGCAGAUUAUUUGAAUGGAGGAACCGCACUUCACUUGGCUGCAUUGAAUGGACAUUCUCGAUGCAUUCGCCUCCUUCUCACGGAUUAUAUUCCCAGUUCUCCCAAUGUUUGGGACAUCCUCACUGCAACAACAAUUGACGAUGAUUCUAAUAACUCAGAGUUUGACAAAAGGUGUGUAAUUUCGUUUUGUUUCUUUCGGGGUUUUUUUAAAAUUGAGUUGUGUUUCUGUUGGUAUUAUAAUAGGGCAUUGUAUGAGAUAAUCAAUAGAGCUGCUGAUGGAGGUAUAACUGCUCUUCAUAUGGCUGCACUUAAUGGACAUGUUGAAACUGUUCAAUUAUUUCUUGAUUUUGGAGCUUCUGUUUCUCAAGUUACUGUUGGAGAUGGAACUACAAUUGAUUUAAUUGGCGCAGGAUGUACGCCUCUUCACUACGCUGCUUGUGGCGGAAAUGCUCAAUGUUGUCAGAUUUUGAUUUCACGGGGUGCCUCUUUGACAGCUGAAAAUGCAAACGGAUUGACUCCAUUGAUGGUGUCGCGAUCGUGGCAUAGAGAUUGGCUUGAGCAAAUCCUUAGCCCACUGCCACAACCCGGACCAACUCAACUUCUUCCUUCGCCUUUUCUUUCUCUUCCUCUUUCCAGCAUGGUCAAGAUCGCUAGGGAAUGCGGAUGGAGGAGUGAUUCUAUUGCAUGUGUUGUUGAUCCAUGUGUCGUUUGUUUGGAGAACAAAUGUACAGUUGCUGCACAAGGCUGCAAUCACGAAUUCUGCACACAAUGUGCUCUAUACCUGUGUUCAACAAACAGCACGACUUCAACUGCAGGCAACGGGCCUCCAGGUUCAAUAGCAUGCCCUUUAUGCCGACACGGAAUAGUAUCAUUCGCGAAGCUCGUUUCCACCAGCCCUUUGCCAAAGACAACGACUUUAUCAUCAUCAUCCACCCUUUCACUCUGUUCUUGUUCAACAACAACUAAUCAUCAAAUUGCUCAGGACCUGCUAGAGACAUCACGAUUAUACAGAACCGAAAGCGAAAGGUUCCAUCCACUGGGAUCAUCUUUUCGUUCUUUAAGCUGCCAAAGGUUCCCAUCGCUGAAAUUCAGUCCCGGGUUUUGCGUUGGAUCAGGUUCAGAAAGUACCCGCCCUUGUUUAGUGCGUAGGAAUAACGUUGACAGGGAGUUUCAGAACCAGCUGGCUCGGUUAAGGCGGUCUGCUUCUCAGGCGACCGAUGAAAGCAGGAGUCGAAGGUCGUGGUUUUGCGCUCUGAAUCAAUAUGUAGCCACUGCCGGUGGAUGCUCAUGAAGUAAUAUAAUUAAAAGUUUUGAUUGUAAGAAGGUGAAUGAUUGUUGAUAAAUAAAUUGACAAGUAUUAUUAAUAUAGAAACAAUGAUGAAUAUAU